CGAGCCGAACUGGGCGUCAGGUCGGGGAGCCGGUCGGGUUCCCGCUCGCCGCCGCCGCCGCCGCCGCCGCCCCCCGCCCCCCCCCGCAGCGACUCUCCCGCCUCUCCAGUCGCACUGGUCGCGGGAGCUGCAUCGACAACUCUGCUCGGCUGUGAAGCCGCCGGCCCGAGAGUACAGUGCCCGGGACGCGACACACCGAGCCCCUCAUCAUCUCCAGUCGGGGCGACCCCUCCCGGGUCCGCCCUCGCCCUACGCGGCCGCCGGAGCCCCCGGCCCCGAGCGGCCCCGCGGCCCGGCGCCCGCAGCUCGGCCCCUGCACUCCCGCUGUCGCCGCCCCCCACCCUGAACAUGGACUCCGACUCCUGCGCCGCCGCUUUCCACCCGGAGGAGUACUCCCCCAGUUCCAAGAGGCGCAGGACCGUGGAGGAUUUCAACAAGUUCUGCACCUUUGUCUUGGCCUAUGCAGGCUACAUCCCUUAUCCGAAGGAGGAACUCCCUUUGAGGAGCAGCCCCAGCCCUGCCAAUAGCACCGCUGGUACCAUUGACAGCGAUGGCUGGGAUGCUGGUUUCAGCGACAUCUCGUCCACCGUGCCCUUGCCAGUCUCUGACCGCUGCUUUGGCCACCUGCAGCCCACCCUCCUGCAGCGAGCCAAGCCCAGUAAUUUCCUGCUGGACAGAAAGAAGACCGACAAGCUGAAGAAGAAGAAGAAGAGGAAGCGAAGGGACAGUGACGUGCCCGGGAAGGAGGGCUACAUGGGGGGCUUGCUGCAGCUGGAAGCCGCUGACCCAUAUGCAGAGACCCCCACGAGCCCUACCCUGCAGGAUAUCCCCCAGGCCCCUGGCGACCCCUGCUCGGGCUGGGACUCCGACACUCCUUCCAGUGGAUCUUGUGCCACGGUGUCACCGGAUCAGGUCAAAGAGAUAAAAACUGAAGGCAAACGGACUAUCGUCCGGCAGGGCAAGCAGGUGGUAUUCCGGGACGAGGACAGCACCGGCAACGAUGAGGACAUCAUGGUGGAUUCAGACGACGACUCCUGGGACCUCGUCACCUGCUUCUGCAUGAAGCCAUUUGCUGGCCGCCCCAUGAUAGAGUGUAAUGAGUGCCAUACCUGGAUUCACCUGUCCUGUGCGAAAAUCCGGAAGUCCAACGUUCCGGAAGUGUUUGUCUGCCAAAAGUGCCGGGACUCCAAGUUUGACAUCCGCCGUUCCAACCGGUCCCGAAUGGGCUCCCGGAAGCUGUUUCUGGACUGACUCCUGGAGAGCGAGGAGACUGUGGGCGAGGAAUCGGAAGGGACGAUGGGCCUGCUGGCCCUGGUCUUAGUUGAGCACAGAACUCUCAGCUCUGGUGCGGGCAGACCCCUGCCAUUCAGGUGCCUAAGCGAAAGGACCAGCUGUCCAAGGUAUAAACUGUACAUAGCCAGUGACUGAAUAAAAUCCUCGUUGGCCAAA